AUUGGCACAAGUGCGAAAAUGAGUGUGGAAAUCUCUCAAGGCGCUCAGCUUAUAAAUUUUGCAAUUCCUCCAGAAUCGCCACAAGUGAUUAUAUCAAUUCAUCUGGGUGGUCAUGAUUAGACAAUGGAUUUUACCACUUUGCCUGUUCGUUCUCCACAUUCCCUUCAGUGCCGCCAAAUCAUGCACAAUUCGUGUCCCAGAAGACAUUCCUCACGAUGGCGAACCGAUUUAUCUCAACCCAGAUGAAUCAGGCUUCAGGAUCACCGGAAAGGUGACUAAGAUCGAGUCUCUGUCUGUCUUCUGUCCCGGCAGGACGAUCGAGAGUGUUCCUUGCCAGCGCGAUGGACACUCUCUGUUGGUGGCACAGAAGAAGUGCAAAGGAAGGAUUCUGAGUGAAUUGCUGGACACGAGAGAAAAGUGCGGGAAAUCCGGAACGCUGAUUGAGAUUGGUUUCCAAUUACCCUCGAAGCAUUUCUACUCGAUCUACAGCUCGUGCUUCGACAGGAAGAGUCUUAGCCCACUCUACACGCAUCACGUGCUGAACGGAAAGGGUGUGAAAUAUCGCGUGAAGCAGCCCAGAAAAACAUUCCGCGAGGGCAAAGGCGUCUACAUCGGCGUCAACAUGGAUGAGCUGUACAAAGGUCAGCUGGAGCGCUUCCGGAAGCUCUUCGGCGCCAAGCAGCAAUUCGUCCUGUCGUCCAAAACGUCGCAGCUCUUCCUGUCGCGCGGCCACUUGAGUCCCGAGGCGGACUUCACCUUCGGCACGGAGCAGCACGCCAGCGAGAUGUACGUGAACACGGCGCCGCAGUUCCAGAGCUUCAACGCCGGCAAUUGGCUGCGCGUGGAGAGCCGCGUGCGCGCCCUGGCCAACGCACUGCAGGACGAUCUGCAUGUGUUCACGGGUGUCCUGGACGUGCUGCAGCUGGCCAACCGCAAGGUCUUUCUGGGCAACGGUGUCGUGCCCGUGCCGGCGCUGUUCUGGAAGGCCGUGUUCCACGUCAAAACCUCCGCGGCGAUCGUCUUCGUGGGCGCUAACAAUCCGCACGCAGAGAACGGUGCUCCGUCUGUCUGCAAGGAUGUCUGUGCGGAGGCAGGAUUCGCGGAGAAUAGUUUCUCCAACUCCACUCUGGGCAUCACCAUCUGCUGCGCCCUCAAGAACUUCGUGAAGCAGUCCAAAGUCGUCCUGCCCAGAGACAUUGAAGGCCGAAAGAUGCAGCAUUUCACCAAAUUGCUCACAUCCGCCGAAGGGAGAAACGGCAAUUAAGCAACAAGGAUUUCUUUCUAAAUAUGUUGCUGAGUCCACAAUUUUCUCCAAUUCGGCAUUUGAUGGAAAAUAUGUGAUAAAGUCUGGAAUUGAGGGAAUUAAAUGAAAAUUCAGGC